AUGUCCAGGGAUGUGGGUAUUGGCAGCAACCCAGCCACACACCACCAUGUGCAGCCCAGCUGCUCCUUGAGCUACCAGCUGGCCUGCUGUGUGAACAGCCCCUGCCAGCUGGCCUGCUGCCUGUCUGUGAGCUAUAGGCCCUCCAUGUAUGCAGUUACCUCCUGCCAGUCCUCUGUGUGCAUUGUCCCCUCCUGCCAGUCCUCUGUGUGUGCUGUCCCCUCCUGCCAGUCCUCCACGUGUGUGCCCGUGAGCUGUAAGCCAGCUGUCUGCAAACCUGCUCUGUGUGUGCCCGUGAGCUGCAGGCCUUCUGUGUGUGUGGCCCCCUCCUGCCAACCCUCCUGGUACUGUCAGCCCUCUUGCCCCACCCUCCUCUGCAGCCCUGGCCCCUGCAAUGCCCCUUCCUGCUGCUGA